UAAAAUCGUGGAGCGCAAACCGUGAUGCAUUUCUUUGAGAACAAUUCAUAAAUGUGUGGUCUGUUCUCUUCAUAACAUAAUUUCAUUUCAAGUAAAUGUCAUUUCUUAAACAAAUGAUUUAUUUGCAGUUUUUUUAGUCCUUCUCGGUUGUAUUACGAAAACAUUAAACUAUUAUCAAAUAUAUAUGUUUUCCGUUGCCCUUCUUGAACUAUAUUUUUGCAGUUGUUUAAUUUAAACUGAUUUGUAUAAUCAAUUUUGGGACGGUUCCAAGAGAUCUCAACCCCAGGUCAGAAGGUGUUAAACUCUAGUAAUACCUCGGAGUCACGACGACGAGAUACCUCGGGACUCCGGCGGUUUGCGGUAUCAAGCCGUGUAACGAAUGUAAUUUUCGCUCAGUCAGAUAUAAACGCCGCGGAAGCAGGGCGCCUUCGCCAUCGAUCAUAGUCACGGGGAAAAAGAUGAACGAGCGGCACGCCAAAGAUAAUAGACGCCGGCGGAGGACGAGCCGGCAUAAUACGCAGGAGAGAUCGCAGGAGCCGGGAGGAUCGGGAGCGUGCGGCUUUAAAGAUCGGUAUCCGCGUGACGUACAGCCGGUACGUGACCAUUUCGGAAAUGGGCACUUCGCGGACGACGUCGUCGUCGCCGCCGCUGCCGCCGCGUUCCUCCCGGUGUUUGAGAAACGCGUUAUGAAUGAAUGAAUGUACGAUGUCGGACGGUGUACGGAGAAGAAGGUGCGCGCGGGCGCGGGGAGGACACGCGCAAUUUCUCAUGGGAAAUUAAAUGGUCGGGUUUCCGCUCAUAAAGCGAAGAGCUACGACGGCGGCGGCGGCGGCGGCGGCGGCGCGUUUUAGGGAAAAGACGCUAUCUGCCGCCGUGAAAGAGCGACGUGGCGCUCUACGAGGAGGUCGGACGGCCCCGGGUCCUCCGGGCUGUCUCCGUUUUUAUGGCGCACCGUGCUCUCUCUCCGCGAGACGCCUAUUUCCGGCACCGGCGAGACGGCGAUACACGCCCGGCGACGGGGGGACGAGACCGAUGGCUCGCGCUCGCUUUUUGUCCCGGCGCGUAUCUUCCCUCGCCCCCGGAGACAAGAAACGCGUAAUCGGGGAGAUUACCGGGGCGCUAGACGGGUGGACGAUAGUCAUGGAAAAAUUGUGGACCCUUCCCCCCUCCCCCUCCUCCCCCGCACAAAAAUCCCGCGCGGCAUUCGUACACGUGUGACGAUAGCGAUUUAUCCUCCCUCGUUUUCGCUUGCGGUGCGCGUAAAGAUAAAGUUUCGGAGUUUUUUUGAAACUUCGCGAAAGCUCCAAUUCGAAAGUUCUCGCGGGAUAACUUUGGAAUCCUCUAGUAAGUUUGAUAACAUUCAGAAAUAGAAAUUUUAUUUCUGUAUUCAAUGGUGCACGCGUCUGUGCCCGGCGCACACCGAAGGGAAACGCACUUUAUUUUUUCGCCAACGAAUAGUUCAUUCGGAUUGAACAAUAUUAUCCUCCUGCUAAGCAAGUCUUUUAGCUUCGACGAAAUAGCUUUUAAAUGACUCAUAUCUCAAAGAUCUCGUAAUGCCGUAAACAACGACAAAAUUUCGACGGAUACCCUUCACGUUUGUCACAAUCAGGUGACGCACGGUGGCGGCAGAACAGUCGCGUUCGUGAUCUCUUGUAGCGGCACCGAUUGGGUUUACUCCACCGACCAGGUUUACGAGACCUGAGCACGGGCGUUUACGCAAUUAGCAUCCGCGAUGAACGCGGGUCAUCGACGUGGCCGAGGAUCGCAAGUUGGUCAAGGUCGUCUCCGCAGGUGCGAUCGGUCCGAGACAAAAUCGACAAGCGCGCUCUCGCGAAACCCCGAGGUUGCGGUUACUCCGGUGAACGGAGCCAAUCGGUGGCGGCGGAGAACUCCGUCGACGCUUCGUCUCGUAUUCUCAGGCCCGAUGACGAGUCCAUCGUUGUCGUGGCCUGACGUUUAUCUUUCCGAAGGCCAAAGAGAAAGAGAGAGAGAGAGAGACAGAUAGAGAAAGAAAGAGAGAGGCUUGGCGAGAGAGCGAGUGGCAAGGCGAGUCGUGCCACAUGGAUCUAUGGUGGGGAGCAGACACCGAUCGUGCAUGCCACCGACCAUACAACAGUUUAAAAGCAACCUCCGUCAUGAUCGCGUCAGCCGGCCUUUAAGUUGCCCUACCACGAGUCCACCACCUCCUCUUCCUCUUCCACGCCGGUGACGAGACCGACCGCGUGCGUAUCCGAGUCCGCAGUCCAGUGUUCCUCCCGUGCGGCGUGGAAUGUCGAUCGUUAAAGAUCGAUAAAACCGGAGAUGAGCCUCCCCCUCUCUCCGUCCAGACGUGGAAUCGAUCGAAGGUGGAAGUCGCGAGUAGUGGCCGAAGAGUACAAGUGAUAUACGCUCGUAAACGCGCGGUGGUCGUCCGAUCGAUGGAACGAAUCGGUAAGGGUUCGCGCGAGUGAUCGGAGAGAUCGUUAUGAGAGCGGCGAGGCGUCGGCGUUGACCGGUGGAUGGAUCAUCUGAUCGCUCGAUCGGAGAGAUCACUCGUUCGCGAUGAGUGUCGAGCGCGGUAAGGUGUUCAGCGCUGCCCUGGACGGGCUCGCCAAGUGUGAUCGUGCGAUCGUAUGCUCGGUGCUUCUGUGGUAUCUCGCGUUCCUGCUGUGCAUCGUCGAGGCCACCAAGCCGGGGAUAUGCGCCAUGAAAGGCUGCAACUGCACCGUCAAGGCGCACCGCUGGAUCAACAUCAAAUGCGUCUUCUCCGAGGAGCAGAGAGUGGAGCUGCUGGAAGGGACCAUUCCGCCGGAGGCAACGGAACUCGAGGUCUCUCACUGCCAAGAGCUUCGAAUACAAACGGGCGCCUUUGGCGGAGGCGCGCCCCUUAAACGCGUACACGUUUCGGGGAUCAACAACGUGGUCGCCAAGAGGCAGGCCUUUCAGAAUCUCAGCGCGCCGAACACGCAUCUCGAGGUGUCGGAGUGCAAUAGCGUGUACCUGGAGAGCCACGCCUUCCGUAACACGCGGGGCACGCUGAGCGUCUCGAUAUCGCGAUGCAAACAGGUGGAAAUAAAACCAAACGCCUUCUCGUGGCUGCUGUGGCUCAAGGUGAAGGACGUGUCGUCCCUGAUGCUCUCCAGCAACGCCUUCAAAUUCGAGGCGCCCCAGUCCGGGCGACAUGGACCAGCGACCAAGAUUAUGUUCCAAAAUGUGAUGAUCGCGGAGCUACCCACGGCGGUCUUUCCUUCGGCUAUCGCGGAAAUUCGCAUGGACGACAUCUCGAUAAAAGCCAUACGCAAGGAUGCCUUUUGUGCCAUGACCAUCUUCAAUGUGAUUAUUAGCAAUGCAUCUAUCCAGGAGAUUCAAACUGGCGCUUUCAGCGACAGGGCUCUUAUACAAAGCCUCGAGUUUGUCGAUGUGCAACUCAAGAGCAUCAACACGGAGGCCUUCAAAGCAGGACACGAUAAUCUCACGAUUCAACAUUCCAGAUUGUUCGAGGUAGACACGGGUGCCAUCAACACAUCGACAGCGACCGUCACCUUCAGCAACAACGAAUUUAAGCACCUGAAACAAGGCUCGAUCUCGCUGCAUCAGUGGAACCGCAUAGCGAUCGACCGCAAUGUCUUCGAGACGCUGGAGAACGACGCGAUCAAAGCGGAAGUCGGUGCCACGUCGGCGCCCAACUUCGAGUUUUCCUUCACGGACAAUCGCAUACACAAGGCAUGGCCAGGAUCCCUCAGGUUUGCGGCAAUCUCGCAGAGCGUGAACUCGGCGCGCGUCGGCAACAAUUACUUCAAUGAAAAAUGUAAUUGCAAUCUCGAAAACUGGAUACGCGAAGUGACAGGCCGCAACAGCUCGGUCACGUGGAUGAUGGACUCCAGCUACUGCAUGGUCGUUAAUGUUCCGAAAAAUUGCUUCGAUCUGCCCGAAGGCUACAUGGCUAUGCGGAACUUCACGCAGCUGAUAUGCACGCAGCAGCAUCGUGACGUCUUUUGUGAUAAAUCGUCGCCGAAGUCGAACCCGAGCGUCAGUCCGCCCAGCGUGGGUCCUCACGUUUAUCCAAGGCAAAAGGGAUUCUACGAUAUAGAGAUCAGCGAAUCGGAGCAGCUGGAACGCGAGAAGAGGAUCAUCGUCAUCGUUUGCGUCGUCGCUGUCUUCGUCGUUGUUGUGGUGAUUUUAUCCUCGGGGAUUCUCUAUAUGCGCCGUCGCGGGGUGUGCCCUAAGCUAUCCGGUUCGCUGAUAAAUCUGUCAAAUUGGCUGUCGUCGAGCAAUGGCAUGACUGCCGCGACGUCCGCUAGAUCGAUAUCGAGGCUUAGCGUUCACGAGUACGCCGGUCUUCAAACGGAGACCAGGAUUCUGGAAAUGGACACUCAACCGGAAAAUACGGAGAACGAGGACGAGGAAGGUGCCAUUUAUCAAUAUACCGAGAACAAGGCCACGCAGACGUUGCCGGAGGAGCUGACGGAAGAGUACUUGAGAGAUCUCCAGGAGCGACUGAACGAUCCUGACAAUCACAGCCAGGCGAGGGAUAUGAUCGAGCACCUGUACGAUCUUAUCAAAGUCGAGGAAAGUUGCAACAAUAAUAAUGACCGGCAACCAGCGAGCAAUCGAGACGAGAAUGCGUAUGACGUGAUUCAGCCGAGAGUCAAGAGAUCCCGCGGUACCACGAGACCGUCCGUAAACAUCGGCACCAAAGCGCCGUCCUUGGAUAAGCUGCUGCCAAGCGGCAUACGCACCAGACCACCCAUCACCGAGUACGCGCAACCGCGCGAUCAACGUACCACCGAUCAAGAUCAUCUGUACGCCGAGUUGCCGGGCGACGAGACAAUACCCAGCACGAGUCGAUUGUCGAUUUUGGAGAGCCUGAUCGGUAGAGCGCCGCACCCGUUACCGCCGGAUGUGGUGAACGAUCAUCUUGUCGGCAAUGAUCGCCCUCCGCAGAAUCUCGGCUACGGUCCUGACGAUCGUAGGCCACCGCAGAGCCCAAAACUGGAUACGAGCGGCAGAAAUCAAUCCGCCAAGCCGAUGAACUUCCUCAAGGCUCUCGGUGAAAGUAUCCUCGGCGCGUCCAACAAGACGAGCGAUAAGAGGCCGAACUCGCUGCUGUGCGAAUACGCCGAGCCGUCCGAUGCGACCACCCAUCUCUAUUCGGAGUUGUCGGAACCUCAGCAAAUGUCCGCAUCGACUAGCAAAAUGGCGAACAGGCCACUGCCCACCAAGCCCGACCAGGAUUCCGUCGCCACGAACGCGGCCAAGGCGUAGCGGUGCCCAUUAUCUGUGAUAUAAGUUUUACGCGAAGGAAGAUUAAAGUGUUCUUUUUUUUCCCGGACUGCGUGAAGAGAGUGUGCGCGCACAUGUGUUUACUGAAGUGAUUGCGUAAGAGAGUUUCCGCCAAGCGAGAACGGGUUGCUCUCUCGGCUGAGAGGAUUGUGUGUCUGUAAUCACAAUAACGGAAGGAAAUACACGUCAGAGAUUAGUGCAAUUCAUACGUACGGGUUCGUCGGUAUCGGGAAACGAGAAGUGUCCUUACUUUCAAAGCCGCGAGUGUACGAACGAAUUCUUGUUAGAGCAAUCGUUGCGUAUCACUCGGAUGGUAUUCCCGCAAAGGGAAAGAAAUCAAAUCAUCUCCGGAUCGACCAAAAGCGACACAUUUACGUGAGAGUAUCGCAGCGGAGUUAGUUGUGCCAAAAUUAGUGCGUCACAUACGACUGUACAUUCGCACUCGUGAAAUGCGAAUCGACAAAACUACCGUAUUAUUACGCACGCAAUUAACGAAUCGUCAAAAAGUUUUGCGCGAAAGAAAUCGAAGUUUAUUUAUGUUUAUCUGUGACAAAUGGAUGUAACAUAAAUUUAUACAUAUAUAUAUAUAUAUAUAUAUAUAUUUGCUUCGUCAGGUAUUAUUAAAUAAGUAUUUUACAUUUUACAUUUGAGAAAUUAAUCGAUAUCAACCCCCCUUCCAUCCACGUUUUAAAAUGUUUUAAUUAUUCCUAUCAUUUUUAAUUCCAUGUAAAAUAGCGUAAUAUGCAUUCGAAAAUUUCUCUUUAAUAUUUCACAAUAAUUUAAUUCUAUCGAACUAUUAAUUAUUUAUUGAUACAUUCAGGUCUUUUUACUUUUUCCAAAUGUGCGUCGUAUUUUCGCAGAUUAUAUUUCCUAUGCCAGCCCACCGAUUCCGAUUGCCAUCAUACCGAUUUGUAUGAUUCAGGUAAUAUUCACGGGAGAAAGCUUAUACAGAGAAACACGGAAUAUUUCUCUUUGUUGCUGCAAUCAACCAGUCUGAAUGGGCGAUAAAAUAUCACGUAGGUAUCCAACAAUCAGAUCUCCUUCCGGCUGCUCUCGGACAAGUAUCAUUCGCUUCAGAUAACGCGCGCCGGCGCCCGAAGCGAGCGUAUUCCAAUUCGCAAAGUACUUACUCGUAAAGUUCACCGAGCGCAUCGAUUUCUCCUAUCUAAAUCUCUCAUGUUUAAAGUAUAUCCUAUACCAUCGUUGUCUUAUCUCGAAGAAUUUUACGAUUCAAGUAGUUUUCUCUGGACGCAACCUCUCUCGCUUGGUCUUCGAGUACGCUUCCGAGUUCAGGGGUCGUCACGGCGCACUCGUCCCUUUUAUCAAACGACCCACAGUGGUGCUUCACGCGAAGGGAGAGCACCCUGGGACUAAUGCAGCCGGGAGUCAACACCUAUCCGCCUCGGAACGUCCGACGAGAAAGCCAAAAGAUAUUCUUAAUCCCUCCCGGGGCGCGCACAGUCACUGUAUAUCCACGGCGAGACCAAACUAUUCCAUGAAGAAUGUAAGAGGAACAAAUAGAGCCGACUUGCAGCCGGGGCGGGCUGCGAAGCAGCUGUUGACGUCUAAACGGCCGUCGCCGUUCUCCGUUUCUACGGACGGUAAAACACCGAGAAAACUUCGUCCGACGUGCCACGGAGGUGAGCGACAAAGACGUGUCCCGGGCAUGGCGGAAAAAGUAUCUGCGUGGAAUAUGUCUCUCUAUGGCGACAAUUAAUUUUCCUAAUUUCGCGCCUCGCUCGCAUUCCACCUCCGUAUUCUCCGGCAGGUCUCAACCGAGGUGUAUAAAUUUAUAAAGACUAUUCGCAGUCUUCCCAGUAAUUCUUAGUCGAUUUUUCCCUCAGCGCGAAUUUAAUCUAAGACCUAAUUAUCGCGCUAUUUAACGUUGAAAAUUAAAGCGCUCCGGCAAAUUAAACGUCAGAAGCGUAAAUGAAUAAUAGGACUUGGUUACUUUUCAAUUAAUUUAGAGUUAAAUGUUGAUGCGAUUUAAAAUUCAAUUUGCUAAGAGAAUUACUCAGUAAUUUAACGUAAAAAAUUAAACGUUUGAUAAAUACCUAAUGCAAAUUUUUAAAAUUUAACUUUUAAUUGACAGAAGAUCCGGUAUCUCACUCUUUUAAUUUUGUUCCUGCAAGGUUUCUAUAGGGAUUCCUUAAGAUUCUUCCACAAAAGAACUUAUCGAAAGCAUUUAUCAAUAUAUCUUUUUCUAGGAAUAUCUAUGAGUCUGAUUUGGAAUCUUAUCUGAUUAUUUCCUCAUUUUCUUACAGAUAACACUAAACUUAUCGUCAAUAUUUACGAUGCGGCGAUGUCUUUGUACUCUAUCUCACAUAGAUAAAAUAAGAAAACAUUUAUUCAGCAUCAUUCUCUCUCUCUCUCUUUCUCGUUGAAAAAUCGUGAGUUAUCGCAUUAUGAUUAAAAGUGAAAGCCAAAAGAAAAUUUCAAUAUUUGAACAAAGGAAAUAAUAUUUAAUGACACACAAACACGCAAUAAUAUUCGCUGUUAAUUGAAUACUUUCUUAUCUAAGUGAGGACGGAACUUUUUAUGCCGAUGUAAUUUUUCUACCAAAGUCCCAAUUUUUCCCCGAGUUUUAUCACGCGGUACUUUGUCGACAGGUUAAAGAGCGAUACCAAGACGUGUGCUAUACGAAAGCAGCAGUCCUCCCGCUAUCGUGCACCGAUUCGCGGGAUUGUUUAUGGCCGGCCAUUUUUCAGAUAAGAGUGUCAUUUUUCUCGAGACCGGCUGCUCGUCGUGGAAAGUCAAGAGAGAUGGCCGAACGAGUUUUCAACUAGAUGCAAUUUGUUGCUUUCUCUUCCUCCUUCGAUAUCCGCUCUCGCCAGACAAUGCCCUGACUCGAUUUAUGGGUACUUCUACAUUAUUUAAUUUAUGAUCGGCGUACACCAUCUAUGAAUAGUCGCAGCCAUCCAGAAGAAGGAGCACAAAUGUGUAGGAAUACACGCAUUAAAAUUAAAAUUUAAAAAAUAUGCGCAGAACCUUUUUUGAAAGGGCAGGUUUUAAAAUACAUUUCUGAAGCUUAUUACAAUCAGACGUCUUUGGUGAAAAUUUAAUCAAAGCAAGAUUUUUUCCCACCGGCUAGAGAGAGUAUAGUACUUAAAAAUUACACGGGAAAUAUUUAUUGUAUUAGCGUGUUCGUGUGACAAUUGAAAAAUAACAUACAUUUCCUGUUCCUCGCAAACGACGAAAAUUGGGGCGAAAUUAUAGCGCUUCCAAUUUCCGAAGUAUCUCGAAAUCGAAUCUUCGAAUUUCUAGCGAUGGAUCGUCCCGAAACGUCGAAAGGCCGCGAAGCAGAAUAGGUGUCCGGGCCGGAAGUGGAUGAGAUCAGGGCGGCUGUGUGAUCCAGCGUACUCUCUCUCGCGCGGGAGAACAUAAUCCGCCAAGCCAGAUCGACCAAGCAGCAGGCAGCUCUAUCAGGUUUCAUCAGCGAGCCAAUCAUCUCAUCACUCGGAUGGCCGUGCUAGCAUCCGAUUCGCCGUGCUCUAACCCGUUUCUAUGGUCCCUGACCUAAUCCCUCGUGUUGAGAGAUACCAGGAAAAUCGAUCGAGGAUCGCCGCUGAACAUCUCGCCGGCGGCUGGCACGACUGAGUUAUCGAAGUACCGAAAUCAUGGGCCGAUCUGGGGCUUACUCUAAGCCGAAGCUCAGAUCGUAAAUGGAUUUUCCAUCUCGCAACUCUCUCUUUCUCUCCUCUCCCCCCCCCUCUCUCUCUCUCUCUUUCUCUACGUCUCUGUGUGUCCGCGGUCGGAGAAAACAGCUUACGGUAUAACGUGUCAAACUAUUGUAAUUAUCGUGAAACUUUCCGUAACACACAUUAGAAGGAAUGAUACCGACCAGCACGUGCACCAGGAAAAGCAAUUUGAACUCGUAUUUGUUAGUCGCGCGUCCAGGUUAAAUUUCUGUCACUGACGUAAUCGUUAAAUUUCAUCCCGAGUACACGACCCAAAAUUCACUAAUGAUAAUUAACAGAUAAUGUUACACGAUAUGACUGUAAUUGGGAGUAAUUCAACGAAGAGAGAAAGAUUUUUCAUUUCGACUAAAACGGAAAAAUAUAGCUCGCAAUAAUUUGUAAACGUCGCAUAUGGGUGUAAUUUAUUUAUUUAUUUGCGUAUUAUUCGAUGCGUUUACAACAUAUAUUUCCGAAUGCGCAGGUGAAAUAAUGUUAUCCCUCUUUGACCGAUCGAAACGUGUUUUAACCGUGUUUCCAUUUCGUAGUGACGAUAUACCGGGUGGCGUGUCCUUAAUAUACGCCAUCUGCGUCUUACGAUCCAGUGUGUCACCUGUCGCAACGAUAUUGCAUCCGGAGAUCUAAUGGACCUUUAAACCGAACGUCUCUCUAUAUAACCUAACGCGCGUCAUCGACCUCUCUUCGAGAACGUGAUAUAUUCCCCGAACAAGUUACUCGCAGAAAACAAGAUACUUCCUCUUGGGGAGGCAAAGGAACUGAAAAAUUCUUAGAAGAGCCGAGUUUGCGGGAAUUAACAGUGAAUUUUAAAGCCAGUAACAAAGGAAAAAAAAGAUUUCCCCUUACGAUCACCUCCCCCGAUAUUGCAUCUUUGCGUUUUCGGAGCUCGAAAGAUAACAAAAAGAAACGGUUUCCAUUUGAGGUAAUGUUAUUUCUUCUUCCUUUAGAAAAUUCGAAUCACGAGAGAACCAUCUGUAGCGAUCUCUGGUAAAUGAAAGUUCGACAUUGUACGGAGGGCGCAUCUCGAUUCUUUCGGAUAUUCAUGGAGCGUCGAACAAAUCCUUAAAUAUUUUAAGGAUUUACCGGAAAACCAUAGACGCGUACUUAUUAUUCUAAGAAGCUUUUUUCCAGGGGAGCGUUUCAUCCCCCGCGCGACCCCGGGCGACUUUGGCGGCGCGGACGUGCCGCGGAGGGUGCAUCCCGUGGUGUCGCGGAGCGUUUGCCAGUCACGUGUUGAAUCUCGGGGGUUUCUCGCACGCACACGAGAAAAACGAAAGCCGGGAGAGGCAAGAAACAGGAUGUCGCGGCAGACGCCGCGAAUGCACGCGCAUGUAGCAUAGGCCGCGCGCGCGCGCGCGCGGAAACCGUCGUCGCGAUAAUUAUAAAUAUGAACCAGAAAGUGCAUUCCGCGUUCGGGUCGCUUCGUGCUCCAGAAAUAAUGCGAUGCGCCGGGCGCGCGUAAAUCCGCGUCGAGAAAGGAAUCGCUUAAGAAACGAAUGUUCCGCGAGUGCAACAAUAUUGCCCUCGCGGUACCAGGGACAGUGAUGUAUAAGCGAACGCGUUUUUUUUUUUCUUCCGCGGACUCAAGAUCGGUAUCUUCGAAAUUCUUUUCGAGAAAUUUGAAAUUGUAACGUUAUAUAUCCAGUCUGGAAUGGAGUCGCGUAACAUAUGCAAAGUGGAUUUGUAAAUUAUUGUUGAUCGUACAAACGAACGCUGCUUUCUAUCCUGGAUAACUAAAAGUACUGAUAUCUCAUUAGGAAAGUGCUGCAGUCGAUCAAUAAUGUAAGGGCGAAACUUCAUCGAUACUAAUUUCCCUUUGACUUGGAAUGCGCAAAGAGGCGUCAGAUGAGGACACUUCUUCAUUGCAAUUCGCCUAAGUGGUUGCGCUUUGCAGACGACAUAUCGGACGAGCGAUUCGUGGUCUCGCGUCCUCUUCCCCAUUGAAAUCUAAAUAUACCAUGAUAUUAAUAGUGCGGCGGUGGCAGAGGAACCGUUUCAUACGCCCAUGAUGCGGUAUCCUCGGUACGGGAAAGAGUACAUUCCACCGGGGCUAUGUGCAAACUGGUCGGACAAUGCAAUCCUGCGAAUUCUGCAAAAGCAAUGUACGCGCAACGAUUGCUUGAACCACGUUCGUCACCGUAGGGACGUCCCUCCCUCCCCCCUCCCCCAAAAAGUACACAUAUGGAGAGAUUCGAAGAGCUGCUUUAAAAAUUCAAAGGCAAGAAUACAUAUUACAA